AUGGCUCAACAUAUAGCACGCCUUUCGCGUAAAACAUCUUUGCUUUUGCUAUGUGAUAUGCAAGAAAAAUUUCGUCCAACGAUUAAAUAUUUUCCUCAAAUUAUUGAAACAUCAAAUAAAUUAUUACAAGCAUGUAAAAUACUCGAUGUUCCAUAUAUAGUCACUGAACAAUAUCCAAAAGGUCUUGGCCGAACUGUUAAAGAACUUGAAAUUGGUGAUGAAAAACCCUUUGAAAAAACACUUUUUUCUAUGUGUACACCUGAUGUUGCAUCAUAUAUGAAACAAAAAAACAAAGAAUUUGACACGGCUAUUAUUUGUGGUAUUGAAGCUCACGCAUGUGUACUACAAACAGCAAUUGAUCUAUUAGCACAAAAUAAACGUGUUUAUAUCGUUGCUGAUGCUGUUUCAUCACGUUCUUUAACUGAUAGAAUGUAUGCAUUUGAUCAUAUGCGUCAGGCCGGUGCUUUUCUUACAACAUUUGAGUCAAUAGUUUUGCAAUUAACACAAGAUGCUGGUCAUCCAAAAUUUAAACAAAUUCAACAAUAUAUAAAAACAUCAGCGGCUGAUACUGGUCUUUUAGCAUUAAAAAAUAUUCCAAAUUCAUCUUCAUAA